AUGGAGGCGAUAGUCCGUCAGUUUCUCUCCAACCAUCCGCUCAAGGAUUCGCUGUUCCCGCUCCUUCCGCUGCCGCUCGACACUUCGGGAAUGAGCCCCGAAUGCCAGCAGCCGAAGCCGCAGCACUCGUACAUCGGACUCAUCGCCAUGGCGAUUCUGUCUUCUCCGCACAAGAAGAUGGUUUUGGCCGAGGUACGUAACUGAAGAGAAAAGGAGAGGAACAGAACAAGAGCGAGUGUUUUCAGGUGUACGAGUGGAUAAUGACCGAAUAUCCGUACUUCCGAAGUCGCGGCGCCGGCUGGAGGAACUCGAUUCGGCACAAUCUCUCGUUGAACGACUGUUUUGUGAAGGCCGGCAGAGCUGCGAACGGAAAGGUGAGAAAGAGAAGAUAGUGAAGUGACGGAAAGAUUCACGGACGCUUCAGGGUCACUAUUGGGCGGUGCACCCGGCGUGCGUGCGCGAUUUCGAACGCGGCGACUUCCGAAGACGUCGGGCACAACGGAAAGUGCGUCGGCACAUGGGACUACAGGUCGAGGAGGACGACUCUUCGGACGAGGAGGGAUCCGCCGGAUCCGACACGUCGCCGCCCAUCUUGUCGACGGCCGCCGGCUUCUGGAAUUGCCAUGUACAGCAGAGAGCGCCCAUCAAAUCGUUCACGAUCGAGGCAAUUCUGGAGCAUAACUAG